UCAAAAGAAUCGGAGCAAAGAUGGACUCCUAAGAAAUUUUUAUACACAGCAGUCAUUCGACUUUGGAUUUUCUUCAUUAAAUUUCCUUGGAACGUUUGAGAUUAUUCUUAUAUGAACGAGCCUGCCGUGUGAACGAUGAUCGUACAGGAGCCAGUGCAGGCAGCCAUAUGGCAUUGUUUAAAUCAUUAUGCUUAUCCGGAUGCAAUAUUUUUAGCGGAAAGGUUGUGCGCUGAAGUUGACACCGAAGAAACUUUAUUCCUCUUGGCAACGUGUUAUUAUCGUUCGGGACGAGUUAGACAAGCUUACGCAUUACUUUCUAAAAAAUCCCCAAACUCGGCGCAAUGCAGAUUUCUCUUGGCCAAAUGUUGUUACGAUUUAGAAAAAUACGCAGAAGCGGAAGCGGCGAUAAUAGGAGGGUAUUACAAACAAUUGAAAAAUUUAGAAGAAAUUAUAACUCAGUUCGGCGAACAUGCAUGUUUCUCGCUUCAGAUUAUAGCUAAGAUUUAUUACAAAAUGAUGCGCACCGCGAAAGGAAACGAUGCGCAUAAAUUGGCUUUAAAGUUGAAUCCAUUUUUAUGGCAUUCGUUCGAAGAAUUAUGUAAUGUUGGGGAAGUGGUAGAUCCUGCAAAAGUUUUUCAGUUAGACAAAUUAGACAAUUUUGCAAUGUGCCAUGGUAGUAUAUCUACUCCCAUAUAUGCCACAGAAUCUGAUCUCAUUGUACCUCUGAAUAAUACGAAUGGUACACCUACUACAAAUGGCAACACCGUUACUCCGGCACAAAUAACAACAGCAUCGACUAUAAUGAACGGUAUAGGACCUGGUGUACGGUUGUAUUCUUCUGUUGAUGAGAGCCCACAAAAUCUACCAACGCAUUAUAGUAAUUGUUCUUCGAUAUCACCAAGACCUAAGCUUCCGCGAUACCGUAGUAUGUUCAAUAAUACUAUGAGCCCCCUAACACCAAGUUUUGGUAUCUUACCAUUGGAAAGCAAUUCACCUGAACCAACAGUACUACCUUCGCAUAUUACUCUUACAGAAGCUAACGAUCAGAAAAGUUUAGUAAAACGCGUAACUAGUUUAAAAGCUCAUGUCGGGCACUUAAUAUCGAGGAAAGAUACACCUUUACAGCAAGGGAAACCAGUAUUUUCACAGUCAGGAAAUACGAGUAAUAGCGCUAAUAUCGUAACAGUGACGCCUACUACUCCAACACCUGCACCACCAACACUACAAGGUACCAAUGUUAGGCGUUCAUCGAGACUUUUCAGUCAUAGCUAUUCAGUGAAGGAAAACAAUAAAUCUCCCAAUAGAAAUAAAUUUACUACACCUAAAUCCCCAUCUCGAAAAACAAAAGCUAGACUUUCAAAGACUAAUUUAAAUAAAGCGAAUUUCAACGAGCUAAAUGAGCGAAAUCGAAAUGAAAAGGAAAAAACGGAAACUAUUACGUCGGAAAAAGCUGUAGCUAACGUCAAUGCAUUGAACAAUCAAAGUAAUAUCAAUUUUUGCGCAGUAACACUCCAAAAACAAUGCGCUGAAGGUUUAAUGUCACUGCUACGCGAAUUAGGAAUGGCAUAUCAACAUUUAAGUCAAUUUAAUUGUACUCAAGCUGUUGAAAUAUUAAGUGUUCUUCCAGCGCAACACUAUAACACAGGAUGGGUGUUAUCCAUGCUAGCUCGUGCGCACUUUGAGAUGAUAGAUUACAAAAAAGCUGCCAGUUAUUUUGCAGAAGUGAGACAAUUGGAACCCCAAAGGACUGAACUUAUAGAAAUUUAUAGUACGGUUUUAUGGCAUUUGCAUGCCGAGGUGCAGCUCUCUACUCUCGCGCAAGAGCUCGUUUCCGAAGAUCGCAAUUCACCAGCUGCUUGGUGCGCUACCGGAAAUUUAUUUUCUGCGCAAACCGAACAUGAAACGGCAAUUAAAUUCUUCCAAAGAGCCAUUCAGGUAGAUCCCAAUUUUCCAUAUGCCUACACACUUCUUGGUCACGAAUAUGUGAUGACAGAAGAAUUAGAUAAGGCUAUCACUGCAUUUCGUAACGCCAUCAGGCUUGACUCUAGACAUUACAAUGCAUGGUUUGGAUUAGGAACGAUAUUCUCCAAACAGGAGCAGUAUAGCUUAGCCGAAUUACAUUUCAAGCGUGCACUACAAAUUAAUCCGCAGAAUUCUGCGAUAAUGUGCCACAUCGGUGUUGUACAACAUGCACUGAAGAAAACUGAUCAAGCUUUAAAAACUUUAAAUACUGCGAUUGCAAACGACCCCAACAAUACGUUAUGCAAAUUUCAUCGUGCAAGUAUUAAUUUCUCGAUUGGCCGGCAUGCAGAAGCGCUUAGGGAAUUCGAGGAGUUGAAAAAUAUUGUACCCAAAGAGUCUCUAGUCUAUUAUUCGAUAGGAAAGGUGCAUAAAAAGUUGGGUAAUACGCAUCUGGCGCUAAUGUACUUUAGUUGGGCGACAGAUCUAGAUCCAAAGGGUGUCAACAGUCAAAUUAAAGAAGCUAUAUUGAGUCCAGGUCAGGGAGACGAGGAAUCUCCGGCAACUCAGUCAGACGAACCACAAGUACAGAACAAUUCGAUGGAGCAAGAGAUCGAAAGCAACAGAGAGGGAAGUGCUGCGGGACUGGCAGCAAAUGUAUCAGUCGAAGCUCACGCUGACGACAGUGACGAUAGUUUAUGAAGAUAAUCUAUUGUGUGCAAGAUUGCCAUGGAAUGAAGCAUCGUUGCGCGUUGCUAAUUGUCUUUUCUAUUGGUCGUACCGAUCAAUCAUUCAGAAAACCAAUUUGACUCAUUCUGAAUUCAUACUUUCGCGCGCACUCGUCAAUUUCAUCUUAGCAGUGCUUUGUUAUUAGACAUUUAAUAUUUAUAAUAUCCUUCUUAGUCCCGUAGUAUUGCGUCCCUUGGGUAAACGGGCCCCGUCUUUCCAUUUUCUGGAUCGUACGAUUUAUUUUCUUUUUCUAUCAGUCUCCUCCUCUUCCUCCUCCUCCUCCUCCCCCCCCCCUACAUCCCAGCACGACGAAAACGAAUACGUUAACGAAUAAUCGAUAUAAUCCGUGAAAGAGAUAAAUUCCACGAAACGAAUAUCAUCCAUUCUAUCGAUUUGUACAUUACGCGUUUCUCUGUAUAUUUUUUACGAUUAAUUCGUCUUAUUUUUAUAUAUAUAUAUAUAUAUGUAUACGUUCGAGCGUUUCAUCAUUUUCUUUUAAGGAUUUACGGUUUAGUACAGACUGUAUCGCGUUCGAAGGAUGGACGAGUGUAAACGUUAAGCAUGCCGUAUGUAGAUAGGGAAUAUAAUUAAUUAACCGAAUAAGUAAGUACGAGGAAGUGUAAAUGUAAAUUAUUAAUUACCGUAUUAUCAAUUUUAUUAUUAUUAUUACCAUUAGUGCUAUCGGUACUAUUAUCCAUAAUAAUUACCAUUGUUGAUUUAGCGAUCACGGAAAUAUUUUUUUUUCUAUUCUCUUUUUUUGGCCAUGUCUACAUGGCCAUCGGACGAUCGUGCAAUUCUCGUCGCGAGUGUCGUCGAUCUGGAUCAGAUUCUACCAGAACACGUACCACACGUUGUUCGCGCUUAUCGGGUAUCUUGAAAGUCCAACGCACAUAUUUAUUGGUAAGAAAUAGUCCAGUAUUCGAAAUAAAAUGCAUUCUACGAUUAAGUAUUUUCUGUUCACGCUAAUUAAUAUACUGCGGAGUUUUGUAGAUUUAUAGGAAAUUGAAUGUACGAAAAACUACAAAAUACACGCAGUAUGCUAUAAUAUAAAGAUAUAUUGAAAGUAGGGUUUAUACUAUAAUAUUUGCAGAGUAAAAUAAAUUUCUAUCUAGGUCAAAUUUUUGUAGAUAAGUUUGCAAACAUAUUAUUUUGCAUAAAGAUCCGCAGUCUACUAAUUAACGAUCUGGCGUGCCUUAGGUAUCUUUCGCUUUGUAUCGUGUAAUUAUUUAACUGUUAUCUCCACUGAAUAUUAAGUACCGCGAUUCUAGUUAAUCAUCAUUGUCACUCGAAACUCGUGCAAUAGAAUUCUUGUUCGAAAACGAUCAACUGAACGAUCCAGAAUAAAUUUCUGUAUUAGAUUUUCCAGAUGACCCCGCGAACUAACGAAUUAUUUAAUCGCGCGCAGCAGAAUCUCCUUAACGUGACAUCCAGCGAAAUUCGGAUCCAGAUCGAAACGUACCGGUGUAUACUCGAAUGAUGAAGUGAUUUAGGCGAACGCUGCACGAACCGUUUGCUCAAGGAGAAAAUGUCGUAGCAUUUUAUAUUCUAUACAUUCGAAAGGGGAAGAGAGAGACGUAACGAGACAAAUAGACGAAUUGCCGACUAAGACGUGUAUAUAUAUAUAAUAUACAUUUAUGUGAUACGGCAUCUCGUCCCCCUUAUUUUCUCGAUUAAAGCGUGUAACAAUUAUUUGAACCUCGCGGAGGGACUCGUUUGUCAGCGACAGCAUCGUCGAAACCAAAGUAGAGAUGUGCGGAAUCCUUAUCCAGAUAAAAUGCUCGAAUAACGAAUAAAAUAUAAAGAAUGUUCGAGCCAUUAUUCGUUUCGAUUAUACAAUAAAAUUAAUGCUACUUUAAUUCCUCGAGCUUUUUUCGGAUAAGUUUUCUCUGCAACAGCGAAUCCUCUCUAAAAGGAGCAAAGAUUCUCUAAGAGGCGCGAUAAGAGCGCUCCUCUAUACCGUGUAAAAGAAGCGGAAGAUAAAAAUGAGAUUCCUUGGAAGGAUAUUCAUUAAAAAUGCGUUUCAAUUCGAGUCCCUCGUUAGAUUUUAAAUUAAGAUCGUCGCGUGCAUGUACAUACCGCUUAAGGUUCAAGAGGCCCUCCGCGAGUCGUAGAUCGAGAUACGCUUUUCCAUUUCAUUUUUUUCUUUUCAUUGCUGGCGUCUUACUUCGUUUUUCGUUUAACUUUAUUUAUUUAUUCCGUUUAUUUUCCUACUUUUUUUUUUCGUUUCGCACUCGGUUAACGAAUGUAACACGACCGAGGGAGAGAUCGGGAUUUUCUUCGUUGUUUGUUCGGUUAGCGUUUAAAUGUGAACGUCGACCUGUGUCGUCUACGAGUUCAAUACGCUUUUUAGUUGUAAGAAAUGAAAGCGAGAUCACCGUGCUCUGCGGGGUUCGAACGGGAUAAGUGUUCACAUUUUCGCGAUGCAUGGUUCGAUUAAAAUAUGGAAAAAAGAAAAAAAAAACAUCCUAUGGAUCUAAAUAGUCUUUUUCACUCCCGUGAGCGAUCAGGGGAUGAGCGUAUGCGAUGGUUUUUGCUUCGUCUGUCUGGUUCUUGUAAUAGUAAUUAAACGAAAUCAAGUUUGAGCAACAUUAAGGGGCGUUGUCGUGUUACUCGUUGCAAACAGAUGUACGUGCAAAAAUAAAGGCCUGCACUUUGUAUGAUACA